CAGAUCUAAGUUUAACACAGGACAGAGACUGAGACACAACUGGGAACAAGGGACUGUCUGGGACGCCUUACUUUCCUAUACUGACUAUUUGUACAAGUUGUUUUGAUUUCUCUCUGGAGUUGCCAUUUUAAUUUGAUACAAAUAUGAAUGUUCAAAAGUGUGCCAGGUGUGGGUUUGUGGUGUACCCAGCGGAGAAGAUCAAUCUUAUCGGUCAGAAUUGGCACAAAGCAUGUUUUCACUGUGAGGUCUGUAAAAUGGUACUGACUGCCAAUAAUUUUGUUAGCCACCAGAAAAGGCCGUACUGCCAAGUGCAUAAUCCAAAGAACAACACUUUCACAAGUGUUUAUGAGACCCCAGUCAACAUCAAUGCCAAGAAGCAAUCUGAAGCAGCCAGUGAGAAUAAAUAUAGAGAAGAAGGGGAGCGUUUUAUGUCUACCUUCCACUAUGACAUGAGAUCAAAGGAAAUCGAGCAAGCUCGUAAGGCCAGCCAGCUUGCCAGUCAGCAGCAAGGUUACCAAACUGAAUUUGUAGGCCAACAAUCAUUUUACUCGGGCAGUGUUACCAGCCAGGAAAUUGUUCGUGUGACCCAGGCACAGAAGACCAUUAGUGACGUGGAAUAUAAACGAGGCCAUGAAACGUGUGUGACACAGUUUACCUCUGUAGCCGACACACCUGAGAUGUUACAUGCCAAGACUGGAGUCUCAUUGGCCAGUGAUGUGAAAUACACAGAAGAAUUUGAGCAGUCUAAAGGAAAGGGUAGUUUUCCAGCUAUGAUCACGCCAGGAUAUGCAAUGGCAAAGAAAGCCAAUACACUGGCUAGCAAUGUGGAGUAUAAAAAAGGCCACGAAGAACGAAUGUCAAAGUACACCACUGUGACGGAUGCUCCUGAUGUACUUCUAGCUAAAAAUCAAGGGAAGGUUGUCAGUGAUUAUGUCUACACCGGGGAAUAUGAACAGCAGAGGGGCAAAGGCAGUUUUCCUGCCCACUUCACUCCUGGAUACCAGGUGGCCAAAAAAGCAGGCGAGAUGGCCAGCAAAGUGAAAUAUCAACAGAAAUAUGAGCAGGAGAUUAAGGGCAAGGCCAGCACUGAUGCCGGUUCUGCAGAGUUUGCUUUGGCCAAAGAGAAUGCAGAACACUUCAGUCAGCAUGCCUAUACUGAGGAAUAUGAACAGCAAAAGGGCAAGGGCAGCUUCCCCGCUAUGAUUACCCCUGGAUACCAGAUGGCCAAGAAAGCCCAUGACUUAGCCAGUGAUAAUAAAUACAAGGAGAAUUACACUAAUCACAUGAAGGGGCACUAUGAGGACGGUGGCAUCGACAAGAAGACCAUGCAUGCCAUGAAUGUCAGAAAGCUUGCCAGUAAUAUUGCCUACAAAUCAGAAUAUGAGCAGGAGAAGCAUAUGCAGAGUGAGUACAACUAUCCAGCCACCAUCACUCCAUCCUAUCAGUCACAGAAGAAACUGGAGCCGCUCAAAGAUAAAAACUACAGACAGCAUAUCGAAAAGCUGAAAUUCAGCCAGGUUACAGACACCCCUGAAAUUGUGCAAGCCAGAAUCAAUGCUCAUCAGCUCAGCAAUCUGAACUACAAAGCCAACUAUGAGAAGACAAAGACGCAGUACACAUUAUCUCAAGAUACACCAGAACUUAAAAAGGCCAAAGCCAAUGCUGAACUCGCCAGUGAUAUCAAAUACAAAGAUAACUGGGAGAAGAACAAAUCCAAAGCAUGUGAUUUCGGCCUGGACACACUGACACUCAAAGCUGCCAAAGCCUCUCGAGACCUGGCUAGUGAUAUCAAGUAUAAGGAAGCAUUUACAAAGAACAAAGAUAAAGCCAUUGGAAUGGACGUAAGUGACUCAAAAACACUGCACUCCCUUCGGGUGGCCAAGCUUAGCAGUGAGGUUGCUUAUAAAAAGGAUUCUAAGGAGACUCAAUCCAUGUGCCACCUACCUCUGGACAUGGUGAAUCUGAGUCAUGCUAAGAAGGCUCAGGCCCUGGCCAGUGAUUUGGACUACAGGAAGAAGUUACACGAUUAUACCGUCCUGCCUGAUGACAUGAAAGUGCAGCAAGCUAAGAAAGCCUACCAACUGCAGAGUGAUAACCAGUACCGAUCAGACUUGACCUGGAUGAAAGGAGUCGGAUGGGAGGCUGAUGGCUGCCUGGAUGUAGAACAAGCCAAGAAAGCAGGAGAACAAUUCAGUGAGAAAAAGUACCGCCAGAAGCCAGACAGUGUGAAAUUCACACAAGUGGCAGACACUCCUUCCAUCAUACAUGCUAAGAAGAGCCAGGAGCUGCAGAGUGGGCUGGCGUACAAAGCGGGCACUGAACAGACACUGCACCAGUACACUAUAAGCAAAGAUGAGCCUCUCUUCAAGCAAGCCAAAGCUAAUGCAGAGCUUCUCAGUGAAAAAACAUAUAAGAGUAGUUGGGAGGAGCAGAGGGAGAAGGGUUUUGAACUAGGCUUGGACUCACUUUCAAUUCUCGCCGCCAAAGCAACAAGAGAUCUUGCCAGUGAUGUGAAGUACAAGCAAGAAUAUGAGAUGACAAAAGGGAAGAUGAUUGGUGUGAAGACUGUGUCAGAUGAUUCUCAGAUGGCCCAUUCAUCCAAGGCUACCAAGCUCCAGAGUGGCCUCAAUUACAAGAAAGAGUAUGAGGACACCAAGACCAAAUACAGUACCUCACUUGAUAUGCUGACCCUCAGCCAUGCCAAGAAAGCCCAGGAACUGGCUACUGAGAAAAACUACAAAACUUUCUUACACAAGUACACACUCUUGCCCACUGAUAUGAAGGUGGAAUGGGCCAAGAAAGCCUACGGCCAACAGAGUGAUAAAAAGUAUCGCUCUGACCUAAACUGGAUGAAAGGGGUGGGAUGGGAGACCACCGGAUCCCUUGAUAUCCAGAAGGCCAGAAAAGCUACAGAUUUAGCCAGCGAGAAAAAAUACAGACAGGAUGUGAGUGCUCUGAAGUUUACCAGCAUAGAGGAUACACCAGAGAUGGUCCAGGCCAAAAUCAGCAGCAAACUGGUUCUUGAUCGAUUAUACAGAGAGAAAGGAGAGAAUGAAAUGCACAAGUACACACUGAUUGGAGAUAUUCCAGAGCAUGUGCAGGCUAAGAUCAAUGCCAUGAACCUCAGUGAGUCAUGCUACAAAGAGUCCUGGAGAAAGAUCAGAGAUGGUGGCUACAAGUUGCGCUUGGAUGCUAUUCCAUUCCAAGCAGCCAAAUCAUCUGCAGAAAUCCUCAGUGAUCAAAAAUACAAGGCACAGUUUGAGAAGACAAAAGGGAAGAUGAUUGGGCUAAAGGGACUACAGGAUGAUAUAAACAUUGCUCACUCUGUGCAUGCCACAAAUAUACAGAGUGAUCUCAAAUACAAAAAGGACUCUUCUAAGAUGCAUUCUCAGUUCCAUCUACCAAUGGAUAUGUUGGAGGUGCUCCACGCUAAGAAGGCUCAGUCUCUGGUCAGCGAUCAGGACUACAGACUUACAUUGCACAAGUAUACAACACUGCCUGAUGACCUCAAAGUGCAGGCUGCCAAGAGAGCAUAUGAACUGCAGAGUGAGAAUAUCUACCGCUCUGAUCUGAACUACCUUCGUGGUGCAGCCUGGAUUGCCACUGGUGCCCUACAGAUUGAGGGAUCCAAACGGGCCACAGAUCUAAUUAGCGAGAAAGUGUAUAAAAAAUCAGGUGAGCAGGUAAAGUCUGCAGGUUACGACCUCAGGUUAGACGCCAUUCCCUUCCAGACAGCCAAGGCCUCCAGAGAAAUUGCCAGUGAUUUCCACUACAAGGAGGCAUUUGUCAAAGGUAAAGGCCAGCAGGUGGGCUUUCUUAGCGUUGAGGAUGACCCCAAGAUCAGACACUCACUGGCUGUAGGGAAGCUCCAGAGUGACAACGAGUACAAGAAGCAGUUUCAGGAGACACGCUCUCAGUUUAAGAUCCAUGGCGACCAGCCUGAGUUCCUGCAUGCUAAGAAGAGCCAGGCUCAACUCAGCAACCUCAACUAUCGCCAGCAUUUUCAUGACUACACCUGUGAUCCUAAUCAGCUCAAUGUCAAACACGCUAAACAAGCCUACCAGCUGCAGAGUGAUGUGAACUACAAAUCAGAUUUGAACUGGAUUAAAGGUGUGGGCUGGACGCCACCGGGCUCUCUUAAGGCAGAAAUGGCCCGCCGUGCAGCAGAACUGGGCCUUGCUGAAGGAGUAACCACUGACGAGGCUAUCGCCAAGUAUCAACAGCUAAUGAUGCUCCAGAGACAGCAGGAGUUCCAGGAGCAACAGCAAUCCACUACAGAGCAGACGGAGACCACAAAGGAGUUCCAGCAGCCAGGAGUCAAUCCUGAUGCGAUGGAGAUACUCCACGUCAAGAGGAAGAAGACUAUUCACACCGCAUUCAAGCAGGCCAAGACCACACAAUCCAUCACGUCACAGUCUGUUGCUUCCCACUCAACCACAAGUCAGUCUAUCACCAAUCAGUCCACCAAGAAACAAUCCAUUAUGAGCCAGUCUCAUGCUGAUGGAUCCACCGCAAGGCAGAUGAGUGAAAACCGGGCCAUCACAGAUCAAGUUGCUGCAAAGUCAGGAACAAUGUAAUCUGUCAUUUCUGUCUUCCUUACUUUUACUUUUGUAAUUUAAUUUAUGAACAUCAUGUAGAUCCUGGUGUUCUUUGACGGUGUUUUUGAUUGAUCCAUCAAUAAAGGAUAUUUAGAUAAAAGAUGUAAGUGAAAAGUGAAUGUGAAGAUGGUUAAAGUAAGUUGCAUAGUUGAUUUUAUUAUGGUUUAAUGAAUGUGGUUAUAAUUAUUAAGGUUUUGAGAAGAUAUCAAACAAAGCUGUAAGUAUGGACAGUGUAUGUAAAGAAUAGAGAUGAGCAUGAUUUUGUAGAAGUGCUAUUUUAGUAUAUACUAUUUUAAAAGUAGAUCAAUUAUUUGCUGGAAUAUUUUUUUCUUUUUUUAUUUGCUGGGAAUAUGAUAAGCAAGAAUCAAUUGUAAAAUGUCUGAUUACAUUUAUAACAUUUCAUUUGUUCCUCUGGUGCAUCUGACAACUGUCUUUGGUGGUUCUGAAAUAGUUAUAUUUGACUUACUGGAUAUAAUGUAUGUCUAUCAAGCUGUGCAUUAUGAGAAAGAACCGCAACUCUGCUAGCAGAGUUAAACAGCUGAAAUGUAAUUAAAUGUGU